CACUAGAGGGUGCCUGCUGCUGGUGGAAACAAGAGACAACCUGGGGUUUGGCUACACAGAGCCAUUUGCGCUGGCACAGCUCCUGGCCAUCAGUGGAGGAGCAAGCCUUUUUUGGCCAGGAAACCUACCCUGCAAGUGGGGCCAGAGUUACCUUUGAACAUUAGGGAUAAUGGAACUCAGAACAGGACAGUCACUGGGUACCAUCCCCAGGCAGUGCACAGUUCUCCUCCUGUUGCUGUUGGUGGGCCUAGGAGGUGGUGUACUUUCUCCAAGCUCAGCACGAAGGAGCAGAGCCACAGGCCCUGGAGCUUCAAUGAAAAGCAGCAGACCUAGUCUGUGGGCCCUGCCAGGCAGGUUCCUGUUCCAGACCAUCCCACGGGGCACAGGCCCCAGGUGCUGGCCCCAUGGGUUUUCAUCUGAACCCCAGUCAUCGUUGGUCUUUGGAGGUGGCACCCAGCUCACAGUCCUAGGUCAGCCCAAGUCUGACCCCUUGGUCACGCUGUUCCUGCCUUCCCUGAAGGAUCUCCAGGCCAGCAAGGUCACACUGGUGUGUCUGGUGAGCGAAUUCUACCCAGGCACUUUGACGGUGAACUGGAAAGUGGAUGGAAUCCCUGUCACGCAGGGUAUAGAGACAACCCAGCCUUCCAAGCAGACUAACAACAAGUACACAGCUAGCAGCUACCUGACACUGACCUCUGACCAGUGGACACCUCACAGCAGAUACAGCUGCCAGGUCACUCAUGAAGGGAACACUGUGGAGAAGAGCGUGUCACCUGUUCAGUGUUCCUAGACCAUGAUCCUCCCUGAAGCCUCAGGGGCCUGGAUCUGAAGUGCCGGAAUAAAGGUCUAUUUUGCCCGCCCCCCACUCUCUCUCCUGUGCCCAAUACUCAAUA